AUGGAUCCGCAAGGAAACAGCGCCCCCAUGGGGCCCGCCGGCCGCCGUUUGCACAUUGCUCACAGGCGUAGCCCUUCGGAGCUCACCCCCCUCAUGAUGGAGCAACUUGCCAUCGCGCAACAGAUCGAAGCUCUCCAACAGCAGCAGCAGCAAAUUGCUGCCACGCAUCAGCAAUACGUCAGCAUGGGCAUGAUCCCGCCCCAGCAACACCUCACUGGCCAGGGCUUCCAGAUGCAGGGCCAGAUGCAAGGCCAGAUGCAGGGUCAGAUGCAGGCUCCCAACGCAUUUUCUUUCCCUCAGCAAGGACAGCAGCAGCAGCAGCAGCAGCAGCAGCACCUUGGUGUUCCCAUGAAUGCGCCAGUUCAACCAAACACACACCGUCGCAACCAAUCAGCGAUGCCGAACGUCGGUAUGGGCCCUCCUCCUGCUCCAUCGUCCGGAGCUUCCGGCUUUGGCGACUUUCAAAACCAGCGUGAGAAUGUUAACCCCCGUGGAGGCGCCAGAGGUUCCGUUAGUGGUGGCCAUGCCCGGCGCCACUCUUUAGCCCUUCCAGAAGCCAAGAAGGCUGCCGAGCUCGCCGAGCAGAAGAGGAAGACUUCUGGCUUCCAGUUCCCUAUCCCUGGUGCGUCCGGUGCUUCUAGCAGCACCGAUCGGUCCUCCAGCCCCGGCAGCACCCAGAGCAACGAGCAGGCCAGCAGACCCGCGGGCCGUGGCGUCGGCCACGGUCGCAGCCAGAGCAUGGCUGUUGGUCGUGGCGGCCCCCGUGGGGGCGGAAACUUUACCUUCCCUCCCCAAUCUGGAAACGAUGCUGGCGCUAACACCGGCGCUGAGUUCCAGCGCCGUGGCUCUGCUCACGCCCGCUCUUCGUCUAGAAACUUUGAGGGUAACUGGAGACAGCCUCAAAACAACCAGCCGUCUCUGCAGGACCAGCAGCAGACGAACAACAUGGGUAACUUUAACAUGAACCAGGCCACCGGCGCCGCUCCUUUCCAGCCCGGCCACCGCCAGCGUGCUUCCAUGAGUCAGUCUGUUAGCUCCAUCGGUAACUUCCAAUACAACCCGCAGCCCCAGUUCUUGCAGCUUCCUCAGGGCCAGGUUUUGGUUCAGCCUCAGAUGUUUGGCCAGGGCCUCAACCCGCUUCAGCUCGCUCAAUUGCAGGCUCUGCAGGCUGCGCAGAUGAACGGCCAGGGCAUCCAGGGUCUUCAGGGCAGCCAGCACGCUCCUUCGAUGAACAUGCAGCAACAGCAGCAGCAACAGCGCAAGACGCUGUUCACUCCUUACCUUCCUCAGGCUACUCUCCCUGCUCUCCUCAGCGACGGCCAACUCGUUGCUGGUAUUCUUCGUGUAAACAAGAAGAACCGCAGUGAUGCCUAUGUCACCACGACCGACCUGGAUGCCGACAUCUUCAUUUGCGGUAGCAAGGACAGGAACCGUGCUCUUGAGGGCGACUUCGUCGCCAUUGAGCUUCUCGAUGUCGACGAGGUUUGGGGCCAGAAGCGCGAGAAGGAGGAGAAGAAGAAGCGCAAGGACAACAACGACAGCAGAGGUGGCAGCAUUGCUGUCAACGAUGCCACCACCCAGCCUGAGAGCGGUGUCGCUGAUGGCGGCAUCCGGAGGCGCGGCAGCUUGAGACAGCGCCCGACUCAGAAGAAGAACGAUGAUGUCGAGGUUGAGGGCCAGAGCUUGCUGCUGAUGGAAGAGGAAGAAAUCAAUGACGACCAGAAGCCGCUUUACGCCGGCCAUGUCGUUGCCGUCAUUGAGCGUGUUGCUGGUCAGAUGUUCUCUGGUACCCUCGGCCUUCUGCGUCCUAGCAGCCAGGCUACCAAGGAAAAGCAAGAGGCCGAGCGUGCUGCCCGCGAGGGUGGUUCUCGUCCUCAGCCUGAGCGUCAACAGGACAAGCCCAAGAUCGUUUGGUUCAAGCCUACGGAUAAGCGUGUUCCUCUGAUUGCUAUCCCGACUGAGCAAGCUCCUCGUGACUUCGUCGAGAGACACCAGGACUAUGCGAACCGCAUCUUCGUUGCCUGCAUCAAGCGUUGGCCCAUUACGUCUCUGCACCCCUUCGGUACGCUUGUUGAGCAGCUUGGCGAGAUGGGUGACCUCAAGGUUGAGACUGAUGCUCUCCUUCGUGACAACAACUUCGGUCCUGAUGACUUCUCCGAUGCGGUCAUCCGCAACAUCGGCUUCGAUGAUUGGUCCGUCGCCAAUGAUGGCGAGGCUGCCCUUGAGACUCGCCGUGACUUCCGCGAGGAGCAGACUUUCACCAUUGACCCCAACGGUAGCAAGGAACUGGAUGACGCUAUCCACUUCAAGACGCUGCCCGAUGGCAACAUUGAGAUGGGUAUUCACGUUGCUGAUGUCGCCCAUUUUAUCAAGGCCAACUCCCUGGUUGACCGCGAGGCUAAGAAGCGUGGCACUGCCGUCUACCUCAUGAACCGUGCUGUCAACAUGCUUCCUCCCAGACUGUCUUCUGAGAUUCUCUGCCUGAGCCCUGGCGAGGAGCGUUACACCGUCUCUGUCGUCUUCAAGGUCGACCCUGCCACCGGUAAUGUCUUCGAGGAUGAGACUUGGAUUGGCAAGUCCAUCAUCAAGAGCUCCGGCAAGCUGUCUUACGAGGAAGUCGACUCUGUCAUCAGUGGCCGUCCUACCGACCUUGGCGAGAGGGAGGACCAGAUCAAGGUGUUGCACAACAUCUCGCAGCUGUUCCGCCGCUCUCGAUUUGGUAACCGCUCUACGGACAUUCCUCCUCUUCGCUUGCUCUACCAGCUCGACGACGAGAAUGUCCCUGUUGAGGAGAACAUUUUCCACUCUUCUCCGGCCCACGAGCUUAUCGAGGAGCUCAGCCACAAGGCGAACGCCUUUGUCGCCCAGCAGAUUCAGGCCAAGCUUGGUGAGAAGGCUCUGCUCCGCCGUCAAUCUUCUCCCAACCCUCGCCGUCUGCAGACUUUUGCCGACCGCAUGACCGCCAUCGGUUACGAGAUUGAUACUACCAGCAGCGGAACGCUUCAGAAUAGCCUGUUCCAGAUUGAUGACGAGGGCAUUCGCAAGGGUAUGGAGACUCUCCUGGUCAAGACCAUGCCCCGCGCGAAGUAUGUUGUCGCUGGCAAGACGCCCGAGGACCAGUGGCCUCACUACGCUCUGAACCUGCCGCUUUACACUCACUUCACCAACCCGUCUCGCCGCUAUGCCGACAUCAUUGUCCACCGCCAGCUUGAGGCUGCUCUUUCCAACGGUGCCAUUGAGUUCACCGAGGACGUUGAGUCCCUCAACAAGACUGCCGAGAUGUGCAACACCAAGAAGGACUCUGCCCACAGUGCUCAGGAGCAGAGUGUCCACAUUGAGUCUUGCCGCAAGAUGGACAGGACGCGCCAGGACAUUGGCGGCGACCUCAUCUCCGAGGGUAUCGUUCUCUGCGUCUACGAGUCUGCUUUCGACAUCCUCAUUCCCGAGUUUGGUUUCGAGAAGCGCGUGCACUGCGAUCAGCUUCCUCUCAAGAAGGCCGAGUUCGACAAGAACAAGCGCCUGCUCGAGCUCUACUGGGAGAAGGGUGUUCCCUCUUCGACCUACAUCCCUGAGGACGAGCGUCCCAAGGCCGGCUCUGUCCGUGGUCACAACGCGGCUGCCGCCGCUGCUCAAGCGGAGGCUGCCAGGCAGGCGGCCAAGGAGAAGGAAGAGGCGGCUCGCCGCAACAUGGACACCAACACGAUGUCCGCUGACGACGUUGAUGCCCUGUUCGACGAUGAUGAUGACGCUGUCUCUGACCUCGCCGACAUGACCUCUGGCGUCUCGCUCAACCAGGGCGCUGACCGCCCCACCCAGAGCAUGCCUCCUUCGCCCACGAGGACUGGCCUCAUGGCUUCUGGCCACGCUCCUCACCGCACCAAGUCUGACCCCAAGAUCUCCCAGACCGCCAACGAGGGCAUCGAGGCGAAGCUUAGCAACAAGGAGAAGUACCUCAACCUCUUCUCUCUCCGUGAGGAGGGCGGCAACUACAUCCAGGACGUCCGCGAGAUGACCCGUGUGCCUGUCAUUCUGAAGACUGACCUCACCAAGAGCCCGCCGUGCCUGACCAUCCGGUCUCUGAACCCUUACGCUCUCUAG